UGGCGUGAUGACCAUGAGCGAGUAGCAUACAACCAGAGAGUGAGUCGAUUACGGAAACAUGAAUAUCCCAUGCUUAGAGGCUUGACAUACCUUGAUCAUGGCGGAACCACUCUUGCGUCAAGAUCGUUGAUGCAGUCCUUUUGCAGUGAGAUGCAGUCUACGCUUCUUGCAAAUCCACACUCAGAUGCCUCUAAUCCUAGCAAUACUGCCAUCAUGGUAGAGAAGACGAGGCGUGAGGUGCUGAGGAUGUUCAACGCCGAUCCGGCUCAUUUCGAUGUUGUGUUCACAGCGAAUGCAACUGCAGCUACCAAACUCGUCGCAGAAGGUUUCUCUGGAUUUAGAGACAGCUUUGAUUACUUCUAUCAUCGCAACAGUCAUACGAGUUUGGUUGGUGUCCGCGAACUGGCUUUUCACAGCCACUGCUUUGCCUCCAAUGAAGAGGUAUCUGACUGGCUCGCCGGCGCGCGUGAUAGCUUCCGUGACCCACAACGGCCGGUAUUGUUUGCCUAUCCAGCACAAUCAAACAUGAAUGGUGAACGGCUUCCGUUGGACUGGGCAGGAAAGUUACGCUCCUCAAUCAAUCACCAGAAUGCAUACACUCUGCUUGAUGUUGCUGCUUUAGUAUCAACUACCCCUUUGGAUUUGGGCGACCAUUCCCUUGCCCCUGAUUUUGUUACACUUUCUUUCUAUAAAAUAUUUGGUUUCCCCGACCUUGGAGCUUUGAUCGUUCGUAAAGCUGCAGGCCACGUCUUCGACCACCGAAGGUAUUUUGGAGGCGGAACGACAGAGAUGACGACAUGUUUUGGGGAUGCUUGGGUGGCAUUAAAGGAUUCAAGCUUGCAUGCCCGGUUGGAGGAUGGGACUAUCGCAUUCCGAAGCAUACUUGCCUUAAAGUUUGCUAUCACAACACAUCAUGAGCUAUUCGGUGGGCUUGAACAGGUAUCCAAACACACGGGCUGGCUCGCCAAUCAGUUGUAUCAGCGUCUCGUUAACUCCAAACACUCGAACAAUAUGCCAGUAUACCGGAUAUACAAAUCGGCGGAUUCGAGCUACGACGAUCCACAAACGCAAGGUGCAACCAUAGCUUUCAACGUUUGUAGGAGUGAUGGAUCGUACGUCGGUCCGUGGCAUGUCGGCUCCUUCCUUCGGAAACAUGCGAUCCAUGUUCGUACAGGCACUUUGUGCAAUCCUGCUGGAAUAUCGUGUGCAUUGAAGCUAAAUUCUGAGUGGCUGCGUAUGGCCUUUGAGAGUGGCUAUCGGUGCAACACGGAGCUCGACAUCGUUGAAGGGAUACCUGUUGGUGUGGUAAGGAUUACAUUUGGGGCUACGAACACCAUUGAGGAUGUUGAGAAGCUGUUUAGCACUCUUUCCCAACACAUCCUUCAGGAGGAAGAUCAUCUCCAGACUGUGGAAAGAAAAUGUAUAGGGAAGAAGGACUCCGUCAUGGGAUAUAGGGAAAGCAAGGCAAUAAUGGAAGACCUUGAAGUUCAGCCGAAGGCUAUGCAUGUUGGAGAUGCUAAGCCUACUAAAGAUGUUUCGCCUAGAGUCAGGGGUAGACUCUAUAGCCUGAGGAGACUAUUGGGACGUUGUCGCGAUACAAUAUUGUAAGGCGAAUGAGAUGUGUGACCAGUAAUGCAAUUCGGCUACCCAAAACGACGGUUAGAUCCGAGGAGUUACAAUUGUGCGUUACAGCACGGUGAGUGUCAUAAAUGCGACC